CCUAUAGUUCAUGUCCGUCCAUUGGCUGGGUUGUAAAGGGAGAAAAAAAUGGCCCUCUGAUAUCGUCCACAAACAACAUUUUAAGAUAGGGAGGAAUUUCAAGUGUCGAAAAUAAAUGUGAAGUACAUGUACGUACCACACUGCGUGCAGGAGACGCACCGUACUGCACCAGACUAUUCAUGGUUCAGAAGCUUUCAAAGUAAGUCGUCUGUAGUGUGGUCAAAAUAAUUUGGUUUGCCCACUGUAUACUGUUCCGUUUACACUGCUCAACUUUUCAAAUCUUUACUUGGACUUAAAAUUCUGACUGUUGAAAUACUAAGGAUACCACAGAGGGCUUUGACUGAUGAUGUGACUUGGGAUUUUCAAAAAGUGACGUGACUAGCACUUACAAACAGUGACCUGCAACCAUGUCUUCCCGAAGUAGUAUUGGAGUACACAUGGAAAUGGAGCGGUAGAGUGAAGUACUAAUCAAGUAAAUCCAUUCAUUGCAGCCCAGAGACCCCUGUGGAUGCAAGGGGAAGCGGAAGUCAGCAUCUACCGCAUUCCCUUGCUCAGUUACACCCCCGGAGGGCACCUUUUAGCCGUCGCUGAAGCCAGGAAGUACUCGGGGGGUGAUGCUGGCCCAAAGUUCAUGGUGAUCCGGCGAUCAGUGGACGAGUUGGGAGAUGAAUGGGAGGCAAUGCAAGUCAUUGUUGAUGAUGGCUACCUCAUCUUCGAUGGCCUCAACCUUGGCAAUGUCAUCGUGGAUGAUGAGAAAGGCAUCAUCUUCAUCAUGUACACCGUCUGCAAUCACCACGACCGGUGUGAUGUCACCAGCACCAAACUCUUGAAGAGCGUUGACGAUGGGCUGACGUGGUCGAAGCCUGUGAAUAUUUCAGAGCAGAUUGGAACUCAGGCUUUUUCACCAGGCCCAGGAUUUGGCAUACAGAAAAAAUUUGCUCCCUACAAAGGACGGCUUGUGUCUUGCGGUCAUGGCAAUUUCAACGUGGAUGGUGUGUACUGCCUGCUGAGCGAUGAUCAUGGGAUGACGUGGCGAUGGGGAGGAUCCAUCAAAGGAAUACCAUACGGGCAGAAGAAGGUGGAAGGAGACUUUGUGCCUGACGAGUGCCAGGCUGUUGAACUGUCCAACGGCUCAAUAAUGCUCAAUGCGCGCAAUCAGUACCACUUCAAAUGCCACUGUCGUGUAGUGGCGUGGAGCUACGACGGUGGGGAGACCUUGCCAAUCCAAGAUGUGUACGAGGAUAACACCUUGAUAGAACCGGCGUGUGCUGCUGGGUUGCUGCUCCAUCGAAAUGUGCUGUUUUUCUCCAAUCCCAAGAGCACUGUCGCUAGGGUUGACCUUACGCUGCGAUGGAGUUACGACAACGGGACAACGUGGGACGGCGAGCUUCAGAUCUGGGAUAAGGCCAGCGGUUACAGCACCAUGACGGCUCAUCCGGGACCUUCACAGUAUGUCUUCAUUCUUUUUGAGAAGGGCAUCACAUCAACCACCGAAUCCAUUGAGUUCGUACGUGUGAGCUUAUAUGAUGAAGUAUAGUCACAAUUUCAGUUAGAGUGUGAUAUCUUGUAAAAAGUCAGAAUCAGUGACCGCUGGUUCAGGGGACCGUAAAAGUUGAAUAUUUUGUAUAUUUGUCAUAAAGUUAUGCAGUCUUAUAUGGUAUUAUGCAUAAUAAUGCAUUUAUAUGUCUACAUUGAAGUUGUGCUUGAUGGCUGACUUCAGUUGCAAAUGUUCUUAUGUGAUUCUGCCUUGAUCAUUUGGUACAUGUCUUUGUAUGUAACACCUCACCUGCAGACUCUGUAUCUUGAUUGGCCGAGAGCCAGUCAUGUGGCAUUGGCUAUUUUAGCUACAUGUACAUGUAUCUUCUUGUGCACAGCCAAAAGAAGUAUACCCAUAGCAGCCAAAGAAGUACAUGCAUGACUACAAGUUGUGUGCAAAAGCGUACUUGUGUUAUUUGCAUGCAGUUUUGAAGAGCUUGCCCUUCAGAGCAGAGUUCAAACAUUUUGUGAAGAGGUAGGUUGGAAAAGUGCAGGAAAGUUUCAACCAAUUUCUUAUUCAAACAAAUGUAUUUUUGUACGUAUUUAAGUCAGUUAUUGCUUGAAUCAAGUAGAAUCUGUGGGAGAGAUGUUAUGAAACAAAUAUCAAGUGGUUUAUAUCGUGGUAUAAUAAAACUAGCCUCCCUCAUUGAUCUAUGGAACAUUCAGAAUUCUCCGUUAGUUUUACUGCACCACACAAAGCAUUCGGUAUUUUUGUAAUAUUGCUUGAAACAGAUAGAAAUAGAUCUAUUUACAGCAGACUUACUUUCUUUUUUGCACAGUGGUAUCUAUUUCUGCUUAUUUUGCUAAACCUUGUACUUCAUAACCAAUUGCUAUUUGCUAGGAGCUUGUUAUUUUUUGGUUCAAGUAAUUUUUGGAUAAUCGGGUGUAAAUCUAGAAACGCGUUUCAAAAGCCUUUUGUUGGAAACUUUAUAACAGCAAGUGAUAUUCAGUGAAACCAGGUGCCCCUCUUGAAUUUUGUGUACAAAUGCAAAGGAAUGCAUGGGACUACACUGUGCUGCCCUGUGAUGAAGUUUUUAAGAUGUUGUAUUCAGAACCAUCACAAGGGCAUUGAGUAGAGAGUAAUUUAAGUGUACCCCUAGCAUGCUAUAUUUGCUACCAUGGAGGUAGGAAAAGACUCCACGUUGCUAACAACACUCGCAAAUCAUUUCUCAUAUUGAAAUUGGACUCUUUGCAAACAAGCCCGCUGACUGUAUCUGGGUAUGGAUGCAUCAGCAUAAGAAAACAGAUUUUGCAGCAAUCUCAAUCUGUGCAGCGCAGCUUUCUCGCACAAAGAACACGUGUUUUACACUCGUCAGAACGAUCACUCGUUCCUCUUGCCGCUCGACGUCAUCUGAACCGCUAUGCAGGUAAUAAAAUUACGAGACCGCAGGUAGUACGGUCAAAGGGUACAUUUAUGAAUUCAAAUCAUUGUCUGAUUGACUGCACGUCUCCAGGUCAGAGACAGAGCUGUUUCUGGAGAGAGUUGAGACAUGAGUGUCUGAACUGUUGGAACCAAAAUGGUGGAUGUGCAUCAGUGCACAGGGACAAUUAUCACACUAUAGCUGCAUGCUGUGCCCCACGCAUUAUGAACAGCUCUUUCAUGUCUUUUGGUUCUAAAGUCUGAAGCUGGCACCCCUCUCUCCGUGAACACCUCUGUCCGGAGAUGAACAAUGACGCCCUCUGCAGGUUUGACAAAUCACUGAAAGGAGUGAAAUAAAUUCCAUUAUUUUAUGGGGCUGGGGGCUCUUUUUCUGGUAAGUGGUUCCAACGGAUCCACCAUACUGGACAACAAACUAGCUCUAUUGUUUUUGUUUUCAUUAUUCGGCUCCGAAGAUAAAAUCAAAAGGCCACAGCCGCCAGUGACUCUGACUUUAAAACCUAUGUGUCAAGAAUCAAACAACAGACUGAACGUUUUGGUGUUGACAUCGGUCGACUUUUUAUUCGUUAUACAAUGUGUUUCCAAUAUCAACAUUACCCGAAAUUUGCAUCUUUUCCCAUCAGACCAAAGUUUCUUAAAAUUUUCUCCAACAACUUAUAUAUGCACAUAUCUUUGAAUCCAAACUUUACAUUUCGAAAUGCUCCAUCCAGCCCAUGUUGAACAUGAAGAAAAUGACUUGAGUGGGAGCCCAGCAAAGUACAAAUGUCACAAAUACAAUGACCAGCAUCUCGAAAACACCACGCCUCACCCAGAGAACUUGCUGGUGAUGAGAUCGAGUGCUGCUGCUGUUGUCCGAGUCAAGGGUGCUGACCAAGUGCGGUUGCUGCAUUCUGGUGCUGGUCAUCGUCAUCUGCUUUCAGUGGCUUGCAGUUGGCUUGACGCUUCAAGGUCACUCCCAUGUGUAUGUAGCAGAAAAACAUGAUCGUCAUCGGAAUGAAAAACUGCAGGCAAAUGAUGAGCGGGCCCAUGACUUUUGAGGCUUCGAGGUGCCGGUAGAUGCACUUCCCGUCCACUAUGGUGAGAAGGAGGAACGAGUAGGACUUAAUUGCCGUGCCAAUUAGCCACACAACCACAAUCGUUGCCGCAAGACACGAGAACGCAUCAGCCGGAGGCGAAGAGGGUAGACGAUGCUGAAAUACCUCCCCAAGGUCAGGGCAAGUAGGUUAUACGUGGAGGUUACGAAGAGCAGAAAAAGGACAGCAUCACCGAUCCACAUCUUGCACAGCAGCUCGCCUCCUUGAUUCUCCGGGAGCGGGAAUGACACAAGGAUGUUUCUCUUGAGCAGCAAGACCAAUGAGCCCAAAAAGUCGAUGACGGCCUGGUGACAGAUGAGUGCUAUGGAGGCCUUGUGCAUGGAGGAGACUCGCCAGAUAACGAUGAUGACGAGGCCAUUGCCCAUUAUGCCUGUAACACCUAUAAUGGUCUCACAGAUGCGGUAUAUCAGCAAAUUAUCUGCCAUGAUGAGAAGUGCAGAUUUUGUGUCGUGGAUUCCUUUAGGACGUUUGGAAGAAGCGCCUGGUAUCUUGUUCAAUUACUUUAAGCGAACAGCAUUGCUGCCUUGAAUUGGAUACAACGGAAUCAAGGCCCUAUUCCGCUGGGACAAUCUGGUCCGUUUCGCUGUAGAAAUUCAUUCUAAAUCACCAAUAAGGCAUUAGCCAAUCAGUUCCCCGCAAUUGACGUAGACGUACGUUUUGUUACUUUGACAGUGUAGUAAAGAUAUGCAAACUUUAGCAAUUUUAUGAAGGCCAUUUCAAUUUUCAGACUGCCGGUUUCUUCGCUUGAAUGACGCAGAGGGCAAACGAUUUGCUGGUACACCCGAGCCAAUUCUUUAAGCAUAAAAUGUAGUUCCAGUUGUUUAGCUUUGUCUUCGAUACUGACUUCAAGUGUGGGGUCCGUUUUUAGAACGACAGGUGUGAUACAAAUAUAAGAUGAACAACAUUUUCCACUCUCCUUACACGAGACUGGGAAAUAUUUUCGUAAAUAUUUAGGUAAAAUUACAUGUACUUCGAGUCCUGUUUACAAUGGAAUUACGAUACCAGUUAAGCAGGCAGUGUCCUUUGACUAACGUCUAGCAUUCCAAUUUUUACCGCGAACCCUAUAAGAAAAUUGAAGGAAUCUGAUCAGGAGAUUCCGUGAUAAAAAGGUCCGUCACACUUUGUAAAAUAA